AUGUCUGUCUAUCUCUGGUGUGAGGAGGAAUCGGUGAGAUUCGGGACGUCGGUCCGAGCGUCCUUCGACCCCAACGCGUCUGGGCUCAGGGUCAUCGAGAGACUGCUGCACUCUGAGGAGAGAUACGUCCCGUCUCCGCUCUAUGUCUCCCUCGUUCAGAGAGAACCCAGACACAGGGAGGAGCUCGCCAAGUGGACACUCGAGGUGUGUUGUGAUUGUGGGUGUGAUGAGGGCGUGUUUCCUCUCGCCGUCUCUCUGCUGGACCGCUACUUAGCAUCCACACUGUCCCUACCUGUCUCUCCGUCCUGUCUCGCCGCCGCCUGCGUCCUCGUGGCGUCCAAACUGACGGAGACCGAGACGGUCACUGCGCAUGCGCUCUGCGCUUCAGGGGACUACGAGUUCCUCUCAGCUGAGCUGCGCGAAAUGGAGCGCAUUGUGUUGGGAACGCUGCGCUGGGACGUGGCCGGAGUCACCCCUCAGGACUUCAUCCCUCACUUCCUGUCGUGUUUGGAGGAGCUGAUGGAAGACAGCGAGGAUGCCACCAAUUUCAUGUCCACAUUCAGACGUCAUGGGGACACGCUGGCCGCCAUGUGUGUGUGUGACUCUCGCUUCCUGGGAACUCGUCCAUCCCUGAUAGCCGCCGCCGCCCUCAACUCUGCUCUCCGGGGUCUGGAGGCCAAAAGGAAGCAGGAGAUGAAUCACAUGACCUGCACACUGGCUACACUGUGUCGCAGUGACCUGGCCGUGCUGCAGUGCUACAGCGAGCUGAUAGAGGAUGCUCUCAGGGAGCGACUGAGGAACAGCCGAGAGCAGCAGGAGGUGGACGAGAAGGAUGGAGGGAUGGAGGAUGAGAGAUCGAGUACGCCGACUGACCUCAGAGAAAUAGACUUUUAAAAAAAAAUCACAAAGCACACAUCCGCAA